ACGGCGCGCGGGAGAAAAAAAAGCCUGUCGGCUAUGGCUAAUGAAGCUCGUAUCUCCAAGUGGUACUUUGGCGGACUCGCAUCAGCUGGAGCCGCUUGCUUUACUCAUCCACUUGACCUGCUUAAGGUGCACCUUCAAACUCAGCAGAAGAAGCUGAGCGUCGGCCGCAAUGUGGUGAACAUUGUCCGCAGCCAGGGCAUGCUCGCCCUGUACAGCGGCCUUUCUGCAGCACUCCUCCGGCAGCUGACCUACUCCACGUUCCGUUUCGCCGCCUACGAGGCCGCCAAACAGCAGCUCUCCUCGCCCGGCCAGCCGGUGCCGUUCCACAUGAAGAUGCUGAUCGCGGCCGGCAGUGGCGCUUGCGGAGGUCUGAUAGGAUCGCCUGCUGACAUGAUAAACGUACGCAUGCAGAAUGACGUAAUACUAGCCCCCGACAAGCGCCGCAACUACAAGCACGCCGUGGACGGUUUGAUCCGCGUGCUGCGAGAGGAGGGGGUCCGGACUCUGUUCGCCGGCGGCACCACCGCCACCGCCCGAGCCAUUCUGAUGACCGUCGGACAGCUCAGCUUCUACGACCAGGCCAAACAGACACUGCUGCGCACCGGCUACUUUGCCGACGACGUCACCGCCCACUUCACGGCCAGUCUGAUCGCGGGCGGCAUCGCCACCACGAUGACGCAGCCGGUGGACGUCAUCAAGACCGUCACCAUGAAUGCCAAACCGGGAGAGUUCCGGGGCAUGUGGCACAUCAUCACACACACGGCCAAGCUGGGACCGCGGGGCUUCUUCAGGGGCUACGUGCCGCGCUUUGUUCGGCUGGGACCGCAUACGGUGCUCAUGUUCGUCUUCCUGGAGCAGCUGAGACUGAACUUUGGCGAUCUACCAUCGGCCAGCUAGUGUUGUCAUUGACUGCGUGGUUGAAGACUGAAGUUCAAACGGCUUGCACUCAAAGCAGACAAGGCAUUUGCCCUGUGGCCAGUCACUACCAGGUGCAAUUGAUUCGAAAUGAAUGGCUUUGAAAAGUGAUUUGAAAAUGUGUGCGUCUACUAGUAUGGCAGUUACCUACGUCGAAUGCCCUGGGUAUGUUAAUAGCGGCGAUAUAGCGGUAUAUUAUGUGAAUCGACGCUGCAGUAAUCAGCAGUUGAGUUGCAGACCGAGGAAUAUUUAUAGUGUGUCGACAAAGUCGUCCUUUGAAUUGCGAUCGCCGGAUAUGUGCGGUACUGAGAGUAACCCCAGUGUCAAGGCGCUCUCCGAAUGUGAGAGUAAGCAGUCAAUAGUCAAUACCUCAUUAUGGUAAAAUCACUUAUGGUCUCAUAAGUGAUUUUUAAUCUUUGCUAACGAUGUUUUAUCACAGUUGUUUUGUUAGUGACCUGUUGAAUCAUUUUGAGUAUUUGUUUUCAGAUCAGCCUGUUCUAUUUCCUGAGUAUGCUGUUGAGCCGACAACUUUGUAGCUGUGUUGAAGCUUGUAUGUAUGUAUAGGGGUUUAGGGGAUCAAGUUUGCGUGUAUGCCUACAUAACUGGUCGAGAUCAGAGAUAUCUUAUUCGUUACCUUUGGGUGUCGAAAGUGAAAUUUUGACAAUUUUGGGAAAAAUAAUUGCACGUCUGAACCAUGUGAACUGCAGACCAAUGCUGUACCUAUUUGGAAUAAACAUGAAAUAACUUUUAAAGAUUUUCCACCAUGA